AAAAUCCCACCAGACACAAAACCUCUUGCUUUCAUUUUAUAUGCCGACAAAGCAAAAUUGUCAUCAUUUGGUCGCACGAAAGGCUACCCUGUAGUCGCUCGCUGUGCUAAUCUUCCUAUUACGAUUCACAAUGGAGAAGGCUUGGAUGGGGGGCACGUUGUUGGUUGGCUGCCUAUUGUAAAGGAAGAUAAGAAACAUUUAGGAAAGCCCGCCUUUGUCAACUUCAAGAAUGUGGUAUGGCACACCUCAUUUCUGAAGAUUCUUGACUGUCUGGUGCCGCUAUCGAGGUUUGGUUCUUCCGUCAAAUGCUGGGAUGAUCUUAUUCGCGUCUUCUAUCUAAUUGUACUAAUACUAUCUGCAGACUAUGAAGAACAGGCUGUAAUGGCAUUGAUUUGUGGUUUGAUGGGCAAAUUUCCUUGUCCUAUCUGUCUAAUACCUCGUGAUGAGCUUUCAAAUACUCUCAAGGUAUAUCCUCUCCGCACAUGCACAGGAACUAAGGAAUUACUUGCUCGAGCACGAGAAUCUACUACAUUGGAGGCAAGAGAGCAGAUCUUGAGUUCCCAGAGCCUCCGUGAUGUCAACAUAAGUCUCGCUCUUAUCCUUAGGUUUAUCUUACUCAGUCUAUUAUGA